AUGGCCAAAGAUAAAUUGCUGGUUGCAUCCACUACACCUGUCGAUCUCGACGACGAUACGAAGCCUGGUAAGGACACGUCCAAGGAAACUUCCAAGGAUUCAGCCAAGGACGAGGUGGACGAAGAAGAAGACAAGGAGUCCGAAGUGAAGGAGGAAAGUGAGUCUAAGAAGGAGGAGGAAGUAAAGAAGACUGAGGAAUCAAAGGACACCAAGAAGGACGAAGAGGAGAAGGAAGAGGAAGAGUCUAAAUCGAAAUCUUCUGCUGCUGAUGCUACUGAGGAUGUGCCUCCUCCUCCAGCUCGUCCUGUUUCUCCAUUGUCUAGAGUCAGAAAGGACCUUCAAGAUGCUUUUCCUGAUAUUGAAGAAAAGUACAUUCAGGCUGUUCUUAUCGCUUCCCAGGGCCAGCCAGACCCAGCUUUCAGUGCUCUUCUUUACCUUCUGGACCCAUCGUACGUGCCAGACGUGAACGCCUCGGCUCCACCUCCAGUGCCUCCAAAACAGGAAUUGACUGACGAUGAGCUCUUGGCUAGGAAAUUGCAGAAGGAGUUUGAAAGAGAAGACAGAAGACGUCGUGCUCACCUGCGUAAGAAGAAUGCUCCACCUCCAGGCGACGAGUCUCCAGAUGAGAUUGACCAGUUGAAGGAAUCCUUCACUCAGGGCUUCGAGGAGGCCAAAUCUACUAUCAAUGGCUGGGUUCUGGGCCUUUCAAAGAAGUUCUCGCAGGAGAACAACAAAAACGACGGCCAGAAACGUAACCAGAGCCCUAAGCUCUUUGGUGCGUUGGGAGGUCUGUCAUUCAACCAGAACCAGCGUGCUAAGCGUUUUGACGAGGACCCCGAGAUCUUGUCGCUGGAUUUCAACAACCAGGUGAACCUUCAAGAUGAUACGCCACCUCUGUUGCCUAAGAGAGAGCAGAAGAGAGAACAGAAGGGUGAACAGAAGGAAGAACACAAGUGGCAGCCACUCAACUCUGACGUACCAGUGGCCCUGGACUCGUUCCUUGUCACUGACCUGGAGGAUGAAGAUCCAUCUAUUGCCGGCACGCCAGCAACUGGUGCUAAGAAGUAG